GGGGGACAGGGACACGGGUGGGGAGAGGGACACGGGGCUGGGGACAGGGUCACGAGCGGGGACAGGAACACGGGGCCGGGGACAGGGACACAGAUUGUGGACGGGGACAUGACGCUGAGGGUCAGGGAUAGGGUUUGGGGGACAGGGGCCUGGCUGGCGACAGAGAUUUGGGGCUGAGGACAAGGAUUUAGGACAGGGACAGGGACAUGGGGCUGGAGAACCAGGACACGGCCUGGUGGUGUGCACUGGGGCUGGGGACAGGGACGGGGGGCUGGGGAACAGGGACAUGGGUCUCGGGACAAGGGUACAGUCUGGGGACAGAGAUGUGAGGUUGGGCGAUAGCGACAUGGUUUGUGGGACAGGGGCCUGACUGGUGACAGAGAUUUGGGGAUGGGGACAAGGAUAUAGGCUGGGGACAGGAACAAUGACGGGGCACGGGGAUGUAGGUCUGGGGACGGGGACAUGGUCUACAGCAAGGAUACAGGGUUGGGGUACAGAGACAUGGGUCUGGGGACAGGGACAUGGGGCUGGGGUACAGGGACACGGGCUGGGGACGGGGACAGGGGCUGGGGAUAGGGACAAGGGCUGGGAACCUACGGGGGCGGGGGAAGCUGGAACAGCGUUUUCUCCCUCCGGCCGCCAGGGGGAGGUAGCGCCCCGCGUCUCCCUGCCGCCGGCGCCGCUCUCGUCCCCGCUCUGUUCCCGGGCGCUGAUUGGUGCGCAGCGCCGAAAGCGAGGCGUCCUGGUGACGCCACUUCCGGUGGCGGCGCCGGUCCUGCGCGGGAACCUACCGGCGACCGCUCCGGGACCCACGGGGGCGCCGGGCCCCAGGCCCGCUCUCUGGUACCGGUGCGCCUCAGGGCCAUGGAGUUCCCGGCCGCUCUCUUCCCAUCCUACUUCGGCGCCGGCCCGCCCCAGGAGGAGGGGGGCCCCGCUCCGGUCGCCGGCUGGGGCGAGCACGGGCAGGUGCUGGAGGCCGGGCCCGGCCGCCGCCAGGCCGAGACAACGUUCGUGCCCCGCCGCGGCGGGAUGGGCGAGAGCUGGGAACCCGCCGACGCUGCCGCCGUGCCCCUCCUGCCUCCCAACGCCAGCUGCUGGGUCCCCUCAGUUGCACCUCAGGACAUCCUCUACCGCGGCGUCCCGCGCAGGAAGCUCCAGGCAGCUGAGCCACUUCUUUGUGGAUCACCCUGAAGAUGUAUUUGGCUCCCUGGGGCGGCUGCUGCACCAGAACUUCUACUUGGGCAACUCCAAGCUGAGGAGACAGGCCCGGGACUGCACCAUCCGGAUGACAGCCCUGAGGGAGGUAAUCGACCGUCUGGAGGCCAGGCGCAGCUGCCCCCGGCAGCACCUCGUCCCCCGCCUGCGCUGGUUCUCCCACCUCUCCCGUGACUGGCUCUUCGAGGUGCCACUGGGGCUGCUGGCAGACUGCGUACAUGAGGACCUGCUACUGCAAUGGGCCAGCCUUCUCUUCGAUGACAGCCCCACAGGGGGGGCACUGGCCUGGCUGCCCCCCAAAGACGUGGGGGCACGCACAGGCCGCCUAGUGUACCCCGGAGGGCAGGCCAUGAACCACCUCUGUAUCCUUCCCCGUGGGGUGUCCUUGGGGAGGGAAGGGAGGGGUCAUGUUGCACUGCCCUUAGCUGACACCCCAGAUUUCCAGGAUGUGGUGCUGGAGGAGCUGCCCUGUGCCCAGGGCUCCCCGGCGCAGUUUGAGCUCAACGGACGCAUCCGGCAAGUGGCGGCUGCCCGGGUGGACGGAGAAGAUUUUGUCGGUGUCCGCUCGGACUACCACUGCGGCGUUUGGAGUGUGUCAGGCAGGACAGGGGCAACCCCCACCCCACUGCAGGUCAUCCGCACCAGUGUGCCUGCCUCCUGCCUCACCGUCAGCCCUCACCUCCCCGGGGAGCUGGCCGUCUGCACCCAGAGCGGAGCCGUCUACCUCUGGAACGUUGAGACGGGGCUGCAGCGGCUCCGCCAUGACCCCCAGACCAUGUUUUUUCGGGACGAUUCACCCUGGCGCUGGAGUGACUUCACCGCCCACCCGCGGGUGCUGAGCUGUGCCGACCGCACCGGCCUGCAGUGCCUGGACACUCGGGCCCCCGAGAGAUGCCACUUCGACUUGUUCAAGGUGGGUGAGGAAGCCGGCUGCCAGCAGGGCGAGCGGGUCGUGCUACCCAUGUACAUGGGCAGGGCUUACUCCUCCCAGCACCUUGUCACCACCCAGUUUUCUGUGUACAUGCUGGACGAGCGGUUGCCGCUGGUGCCUGUGCUGAAGUGGGCGCACAUGAUGAAAGCCCCCCCUCUUUUUGCCCACCUGACACCAGGGGGCCCCGGGAGGAGCCAUAAGGUGCUGCUCGGCACAUCCCGCACCCAGGAGCUGCUGCUGUUGCAGUACCGAGGGGGCAGCCGGUCAGCCUGCCAGCUUGCAGGGCCUCCGCAGAAGCUGCACAGCAUUGCCAGCUGCCUGCAGCACCUGCCCGCACAGCUCCCGCACCGACACUGCCUGCUACAGCAGCGCCUUGGCGCCCCAGCUGCCGGACUGGCUGCUGCGCUGCAGGAGGACGGGUUGCGGGAGUCCCUGCUGGUUUUCCAGCUCUCCGAGGCUGGGGACGUCUUCUGCCAGAGGCUGACCCAUGAAGCAGCAGCACAGCCCCCUGCGCCCACCCCAGGAGACGAGGCUGCGGGAGCCCCCGGCUCUUCCCCUCUCUUCGACGAUCCAGCCAGCAGCCCACGAGGCUUGGGCCCCGAGGAGGAGGAAGAAGAAGAACAGGAGGAAGAAGAGGAGGAAGAGCAAACCUUCUACUUGUCCAACCUGGAGGUGAUUAUCAACGAGGAGGAAGAGGAGGAGGAGGAGGAUGCGGGCACACCAGCAGCCCCGCAGGAAGCCGAGUGUCCCCAGGAGCCCUGUGCCAGCCCCCAGCCCUCCCCGGCCCCCCAGGAAGCCGAGCGUCCCGAGGAGCCCUGUGCCAGCCCCCAGCCCUCCCCGGCUGCAGCCCUGCGGUACCGUCGCUGGAUGAAGGCUCUUUCCAAGGGCUGCGGGGACCGCCCCCAGCGCACCCGGCCCCCCACCUUUGGCCAGAAGCGCCUCUUCACCCGCAAAGAGCUGGAGGAGCCAUCAGCUCCCAGCACCCUGCAUGGGCAGGCGCGACAGCGGCUGCGCCAGGCCAUGCAGGAUGGGGGCCCCAUCCAGCGCUGGGACCCCCCACCCCCUGCCCUCCCGCAGCCCCUGGAGCCGGCAGUGGGGGAUACAGAUCCCUUGAGCACCCGUCUGACGGCAUCCUGGGGCUGGGACUGGGAGCGGUGGUGGGAAGAGAGGACGAGCUUCAACAUGGCACAGCGGCAGCAGGCACUGCGGGAGCGGCGGCGGCGGCAGAAGCGAGCCCGUGGCCGGCACAGCCUCUCGGCCAGCUUCACCUCCUCCAUCACCUACCAGUCCGAGCUUUCCGAGCUGAGUGACGCCGCCCCGCCGCCGCUCUCCCCCGGCCCCCCCAGGGAGGUCUCCCCACCCGCCGGCAGCCCCCCGCCAUCCCCGGCUCCCGAGGAAGCCCUGCUCUCCUCCCAGAGCCUGCGCAGCCGCGGCAUCCCCAAGGAGCGGCGGAAAACGCUCCGGGACUACCUGGCAGUGUGGGCCGAUGGCCCCCCUGAGGCCCUGGAGCCCUCGGGUAGCCAAGCCAGCCAGCUCUGCAUCCCCUCCUCGCAGAGCCAGCUCUCCUCCGCCUCCCAGCCCCGCCGCAAGCGCCCGCGCAUGGGCUUCUGAGCCACCAAUAAACCCCCACC